GGACCCCCGACCGCAGCCAUGAGGAAAAAGUGUAUCUGUGAGAUCUGCAACUGUGGGAGCCACCGCUGCCCACAUAUUCCCACAAAGAUUUUUGACAAAUCUGGACAACCUUGUGUACUGACUGAAUAUGUGGAGAAAUACCCUCAGUAUGAUAAUGUACAACCACCAAAUAGCAUGAAACCAAGGCUUGGGUACCAAGGAAACAGUGGAAAAAUGGAAGGAGUAACAACAUUUAAAUCAGAUUAUAUCCCAUAUGAUGUAACAAACCGCCCCGUACGUCCUCAUCAAGAAUAUGAACCAAAGCCAGGACAUAUUGAACUUGGGACAACCUAUAACCGAGAUUUUAAUGCUCAUAAAAUAGAACCAGUGGGACCUGCACGUCCGGUAGAAAACAGAAAAAUUUACAUGGGAAAGUUUGACACAAACCCUACUUAUAAAGAUGACUACAGAGCAUGGGAUAUCAGUAAAAGAGAACUUGCUAAACAGGAACGUACUUACCGACCUCCUACAGUUAAAUUUGGAAAUUCAACUACAUUCCAAGAUGACUUUUUUCUAAAGGAAAUAAUGCCAAGAGAAAGUUUUAAGCCUGGUGUAGCAAAACGCAAUAGCAUGCCUUUUGAUGGUACCACAAACCAUCGUACUUCUUUUGUUCCUCAUGAAAUUGAGCCAAGGCAUCAAAGACCGAAACAAGAAUAUAAACCCAGUAGUCAAACAUUUGAUGAUCUUACUACUCAUCGCAUCAAUUUCAAGGGCACACUUGGAGAAGUAACAAAAAGCUGCAGACCUGAUUAUAGUAAAGUUGGUAGCAAUGCUCGAUUUCAAGGCAGCACUGAAUUCCGUGAUAGUUUUCAGCCUUGGUCAGUAGCUCCAACUCAAGUUCAGAAAUCUUAUGAAUAUGUUCCACCUACUACGCACAUGGAGGUGGACACUACAUCUCAUCUAAUUUUUUUAAUGUAG